UCGGUUGAAGAACUUGUGACUGGUCGACUUAUGUGAUAAUUGACGAAGAUUUCUUGUGUUAUGAAUUACUGUUCAUCAUUUUACGCAAUACUAUCUUUACGUUGAUCCUGCAUGCUGAGCACUGUACCGAUUGUCUAUCCGCAACACCUUUGCACCGUACUUUUUUAUUAUUUUUGCCAAAUAUAUUGCAUUCAUAUUAGAAAUAAAAAUAUGGCUGCCUAUAUCAAUCGUGCAAUGAUACAAUCGUCCAUGAUUGGAGGGGACAGCCAACUUCGAUCAGAUGUUAGAAAUGAUAAUUCUCCUCUACAGAUCUUUGUUAAGGCAAAGAAAAGGAUAAAUGAUAUAUUUGUGGAUAUAGAAAAAUAUGUGGAGGAAACCGUGGAGUUUAUGACAUCAUUACAAAAUGAUCGGAAUAUUGUAACUGUAGAAGAGGCAAUAAAAGUUAAAGCUUACAUAGAUAAAAUACGAGCAAUAAAGGAUGUUCUUAAAAGAGAUCACAUGAAAGUUGCUUUUUUUGGCAGGUGA